AACUAUUGCUGGAAUCGUCAUGCUCAGUCCACAGCGCCUGUUGAGGCUGGUGGUGCAGCCCAGAUCUGCUGCUCUUAUCGGCCAGGUGAAGAGAUUCAUCACCACUCAGCAGCCGAGAGAUACCGACGACACCGAGCCAUCGACAGAGGACAACAGCGCAUCAGCAAGAGGCCGCAGGAGCGAUCAUGACGCCCACACCGACCGCUCCUUCCCUUCAUCGUCUUCAACAUCAUCAUCCCAUCACUUUCAGCCCGACACGCUCGAGAGGCUGGCUGAUCUCCUCCGGAAGCAGGCCAGUGACGGAGGGCGAGGCAUCCCUGAGGCCGACGAGGGCGAGGCAGCAUCGGUAUACGACCGGCGGGAGACCUCCCCGCAGGUGUUUGAGAUAGACGACACGCUGCUGUCGACGGCCGGUCUCAAGGACAGCGUCCACGAGUCGGCCGGCGGCGGCAUCCCCACUUUUGUCAUCGACGCCGAGCGCGGCUUCCACAAACCAGAGAGGGAGACCGCACCGCCACGGCAGCCGAUCGACCCUACCAAGAGUGCAGAGGAGCUCAUGAGGGAGGUGGAGGAAUCCAUCGGCGCCUUCGAACCGGUGGGUGCCGAUGCGGGGGACACGUCGACGUCCACGGCGGGCGUCCACCUCGACACUCUGGCCGACGCCGAGGCGCUGCCCACUGAGCAUUUCCGUGCAGCGGACGAGGAGCAGGAGCAGUCCCUGGCUGCUGCAGAGGAUGACAAGACGACUGAUGCGGCCGAGAGAGAGGAGGAGGCCGUGUCGUCUGGUGACGAGGAGGACGACUAUCUGACGCCGGCGCAGCGGUUCUACCGCGAGAACAAGGAGCGUCUGUUGGAGAGGGCGCAGCAGUACUACUCUGACAAGCACCAGCAGGUCAUGGACGAGAACGAGUGGACCUUCUACCGCGACCCGGUGGUGCGGCCGCCCAAGGGACACCUGUGGGACUUCGGAGACAUUGCCAAGGUCGUGCCCAGGUCAGUCAGUCAGUGGAGUGGACGGCUGCACGAGAACGGGACCAUUCCUCCCUGCUGCCUUACUGCGUGUUGAUGUGUGUGUGUGUGUAUGUUUGUGUGUUUCGCCUCUGCUCAGAGAGGACAUUCACUUUGAGAAGGGCCGCAUGCCGACGGUGGAGCAGGUCAUCAAGAUACUCGAACAGGUACACGCACACACCACACACAAAUCUCUCACCCACACACAUACACACACUGUCAAAGAUCGUCAGUGUGUGUGUGUCCUUUGAUGCAUCCAUCCGUCCAUCCGUUGAUUGAUGCCUCAGGAGCAGGUGCAGGACAUCGUCGUCAUCGAUUUGGAGGAGUGCGGGCGGCGUGAUCUCGGCCUCUACGCCAUCGUGGCCACCGGACAGACACCCAGACACUGUCGGUAAGUCUGUCAGUCAGGCAGGUAGACACACAGACAGACAAGGGGGCGUAUGAUGUGAUGCACACAUAAUACUUACACACACUGGCGGAUGGAUCAAUAUAUCAGUCGUGCGGCGCGUUUGGUGAGCAAGACGAUCAAGGACUUGGAUGUGCCUUACAUCUCGGCUGUGAGCUACUCGUGGGGGUCCGACACCGACGAGUGGAACGUCGCCCACUGCGGGCCACUCAAGGUGCACAUCCUCUCCAAGGAAUGGAGACAGAGCUACAAGUAAGGAAGGAAACAAAGGGACCCUCAGCAACUGACACAGAUCAGAUCGACAGACUAAAUGAGAUGCAUAAAUGUGUGUGUCCCAUCCCAUCCCAUCCCUCUCUCUCUCUCUCUCUCUCUUUGUAACCCAUCUACUGAUGGAUGGAUGGAUCCUCAGUCUCGAGAAUCUGUGGCUGAGGCCUCACGAGCACUUCACAGCCGAGGACUUCCCCACCUACAUGGAGGACAUCCCCGGCACCCCCCCGCCAUGGAUACACUCACCCCCCCGCAACAACAAGGCCAACGCCCCCGUCACAGAGGUCUUCGAGCAGCGCUACAUCGAGUUCACCAACCCAAACGACUACAGAGACCCUACCCUCCCCAUACACCUCUCAAUCGGACCCCCAACGCUCUCUGACGACCGUGGUCAUGGUCAUGACAUUGAUGCAGAGAGACAGCCGCUCCCCGAGUCCGGUGAUGGUGAUGGUGAUGGAGAUGAGCAAGAGAUGCGGUCAUCACGGCUGGUGCGGGAUGCCCCCGAGGCAGAGAUGGACCUCUAUGGCGUCGCUGGGGGCGAGGACGAGGCCGCCUCGCCUGUCCGCUACAUCCGAGCGGCCGGACGUGCCGACGCCGAGUCGAGCGAUUUCCGCCCCCUGGAUGCGCCAGCACCAACAACACCGCCACAGCCGUGGUCGUCAUAUCGGGGGAUUGGUAUGGCCCCGUCUCCCGCGAGGAUGAGGAACCGCGUGGCGCCACCGCAGGGCGGCCCGGAGAUACCUGAGGAGAUCAAGGGGCUGGUGGAAGGGAUGGACGACUACGGCCGGGUCAGCAAGAAGGGAGACGAGUAGGGUCUCUCUCUCCGUUGGUGUGAAUGGAUGGAUGAUGGAUGGAUGGGUGGGGUGUUUUCUGUGCUCAUGUGUACGGUAGGUACGCAUGAGAGCUGGGAGAGGGACCUUUGUUGUUUCGUUCGUGUUUUCAUUGCUGUGUGAAAGGACUCUCCGAUUCGUUCGGUUAAUCCAUAUAUGUG